GGUGUGGCAUCCCUGGCCGCUGGGUUGCGAUAGCGGUAUAUCGAUAGAGCAACCUUGAUACAUCGACUGCCAUCCCAUCUCUCUCUCGGUUGUUUUUUUGCGUUUUUGCAUAACAAAAUCUUGGAAAUUCGCCCAAAACGCAGGCGAUUGCGGACCCGGAGACCAGGAGACCAGGAGCGGCACAUCCCACUUGCAGAGCAGUCGGAAUGGGACAGUACACGGCGUCGCAGCGCAAGAAUGUGAGGAUCCUGCUCGUGGGCGACGCCGGAGUGGGCAAGACGUCGUUGAUUCUGUCGCUGGUUAGCGAGGAGUACCCGGAGGAGGUGCCUCCGCGAGCCGAGGAGAUCACAAUUCCUGCGAAUGUGACGCCCGAGCAGGUGCCCACCAGCAUCGUUGACUUCUCGGCCGUGGAACAGUCUGAGGAUGCCCUGGCCGCCGAGAUUAACAAGGCGCACGUGGUGUGCAUAGUGUAUGCCGUGGAUGACGACGACUCUCUCGACAGAAUCACCUCCCACUGGCUGCCCCUUGUCCCCAAGUGCAAUCCCUCGCUGGACGGCGAGGGGGAUGCCGAAGCGGAGGCGGAAGGUGAUGCACAGCGGGAGCCCAUUCGCAAGCCAAUCGUUCUGGUGGGCAACAAGAUCGACUUGAUCGAGUACUCCACCAUGGACAGCGUGCUAGCCAUUAUGGAGGACUACCCCGAGAUCGAGAGCUGUGUGGAGUGCUCGGCCAAGACGCUGCAUAAUAUCUCCGAGAUGUUUUACUACGCACAGAAGGCUGUGCUGCACCCGACUUCACCGCUGUACAUGAUGGAAGAACAGGAGCUCACAUCUGCUUGCAAGAAGUCGCUGGUGCGCAUCUUCAAGAUUUGCGACAUCGACGGGGACAAUCUGCUGAAUGACUACGAGCUGAAUCUUUUCCAGCGGCGUUGCUUUAACACUCCCCUGCAGCCCCAGAUCCUGGAUGAGGUGAAGGCCGUCAUACAAAAGAACGUACCCGAUGGCAUCUACAACGAUGCGGUCACCCUGAAGGGCUUCCUCUUCCUGCACUGCCUGUUCAUCCAGCGGGGGAGGAACGAGACCACCUGGGCGGUGUUGCGGCGAUUUGGCUACAACGACCAAUUGGAGAUGUGCCAGGAGUAUUUAAGGCCCCCGCUGAAAAUACCUCCUGGCAGCAGCACAGAACUCUCGCACCGGGGACAGCAGUUCCUCAUAGCCGUUUUCGAGCGCUACGAUCGCGAUGGGGACGGAGCUUUGUCGCCCGAGGAGCACAAGAUGCUCUUCAGUACGUGCCCGGCUUCACCGUGGUCCUACUCCACGGAUAUUCGCAAGUCCUGCCCGAUCAACGAGACAACUGGCUGGGUCACCCUGCACGGAUGGCUCUGCCGUUGGACUCUGAUGACGCUGAUCGAUGUGGUGAAAACAAUGGAGUAUCUGGCCUAUUUAGGUUUUAAUGUUCAUGAAAACGACAGCCAGUUGGCGGCAAUACACGUAACACGAGAGCGUCGCAUCGAUUUAGCCAAGCGCCAAAGCAGCCGGUCCGUGUACAAGUGUCAUGUGAUUGGACCCAAGGGAUCUGGAAAGACUGGAAUGUGCAGGGGCUUCCUGGUGGAGGACAUGCACAAACUAAUCGGCAAGGAGUUCAAAACAAAUGUGGUUCACUGCAUCAAUUCGGUUCAGGUGUAUGGUCAGGAAAAACACCUUAUCCUGCGCGAUAUCGACGUGAGGCACGCCCUCGAUCCCCUCCAGCCGCAGGAAGUCAACUGCGACGUGGCCUGUCUGGUCUACGACUCCUCCAACCCCCGCUCCUUUGAGUACGUGGCCCGUAUCUACAUCAAGUAUUACGCGGAGAGCAAGAUCCCAGUCAUGAUAGUGGGCACCAAGUGCGACAUGGAGGAGCGCCGGCAGGACUACUUGAUGCAGCCAUCGGAGUUCUGCGACAAGUACAAGCUGCUACCACCGCACCUUUUCAGCCUAAAGACCAAUAAGAAAGAACUGUAUACCAAGCUGGCCACCAUGGCAGCUUUUCCGCGCUUCCAGGCGGCCUGGAUACUGUUCUACAAGCACAGGUUGGUACAGCUGUGGGAGUCGGCCCACUUAGGCAAUUCGGCCUGAUGACGGAGGAUCCCAAGCUGUGGUGGAAGGCGGGACUGGGCGUGGCCGCUGCCACCAUGCUGGGUUUCAUAGUGCUGAAGACGAUUAGUGCUGCUGGUGGUAACUCGCGCUAGAAGAAGCCACUGAAUGUGGUAGAGGGACUUAAAAAAACACGAUUACCGCAGACACGUUAAUGUUCAAGAAAUUCAUGUAACUUAUUAAUUAAUUUAUUGCUUGCUACUGUAAAUCCAAAUUUAUUGUUACGAAAACUUAAGCAAACAAUGAAAAGGGACACACGCCGAUCUUCUCAUUCCUGACAUGUAAAUACACUCGCCAAGUACACUAGCAGGAAUUAGGCAGGAUUAGUGGUGUCCUAUGGACAAUGAAUAGCGGCAGGCCAGUCGAGCACAUUGUGUACGUUGCAUUUCUAUUCGUAUAUAACCCUAACUUAAACCAUGUACUCUCUGAUAAGUCAAAUAAGUUAUUGUUACCAUCAUAAUCGAGUAACCAAACAACCGAUAUCGUGCAUAGCGGACAGUGACAUGUGCACGUUCUGGGUUCUAUAUAAAUCAAUAUAUACUACACCUAGAAAAUCGCCCUAUUUGGAGAUAUCGCACUUUUGUAAAUACGCGCAAAGCCCCUAGUAUGAGCAAUAAACCUAUCUGUAUAUGUGGAUUUAAAUAUAGCGAACUUUAAUGGCAUAUAA